AUGCAAGCAGAUCAAAGUGCUCUGGUCCCCGAUUCUGACCUAAAUGCUCAUCAUGACUCCAACGUAUCAACCAUAUACUUGAAAAACCUAAAUGAAAAGAUAUCUAUCAACAAUUUGAAAAAAUUCUUAUCAACCAUCUUUAAUAACCCAUCCUCAGACUGGUAUCCGAUCCUAUCAAUAACUGCUCACAAAAAUCUUAGAAUGAGAGGCCAGGCAUUUAUAAGCUUUGAGUCUCAUUUGAAAUGCUCAAAGUUUUAUCAAUUUUUCAACAACGAUAACAAUGAUAACUCAAUUAAUCUUAACAAUAUAAUCAAAUUAAAUCUUCAACUAAAUGCUAAAUCUGAAACUUAUAAAGACAAUCUUUUACCAUUCAAAAAAAAUACAGAGAUAUAUCUAGCGAAAGCAAACUCUGACUCAAAUUUAAAAUUCAACUUGAAUGAAUCGGAUUUUCAAUCUUAUUUGAACAACAGAAAAUCAUUAAAACUAAAAAGAGAACAAGAAAGAUUGAAUUCAAAAAAGACUUUAUCUUCUUUCACCACAAAUCAAAAUAAAAACAACUCGGGCUCAGAUGGAAAUAUAAAUAAUUACAACAAUAAAACUAAAAAAGAACCCAUGAUUGAUAUCAACUUGUUGCCUCCAAAUAAAUUAUUAUUAAUUCAAAACUUGCCAAAAGAUUUAUCUGCUGAACAAUUAAAUUCUACUUUAAAUUCAACUUUUCAAAAAUUCCAUGGCUUUGUUGAAAUCAGAUUGGUUAAAGUCAGAAAUUUAGCAUUUAUUGAAUAUGAAACAGAUAACGAUGCUAUUAUCGCUAAACAAAAUACCUCAGAUUUAUUAAUCAGUAAUGUUAAACCAAUUAUAUCUUAUACAAAAAAGUAA